AGUGGGAGCGCUGAUAGGUCGGAAAGAUACAGUAUCGGCUCCGAGGGAGAGACAGAAGGAGAGACAGUAACCGCUCAGACCCUGCACCAUGGACUUCUGUAUAGUUGCGCUUUUGGCUUUUUUCUCCGCGCUUUACAGCGUUCAGGCGCUGCUGCCCGAAGCCGUGUGCCUCCUUCAGGUGGACGAGGGAACCUGCAGCGGAGAGAUUGAGCGCUAUUAUUACAACACCAUCACCCAAAAGUGCGAGGUCUUUUACUAUAGUGGCUGCCAAGGCAACGCCAACAACUUCAGGAGUUACCAGGAGUGCCAGAAAACUUGCUUCAGAAUUCCAAAGAUUCCCCAGAUCUGCAGGUUCCCCAAAGACGAAGGACCCUGCCGUGCCAACCUGCCUCGCUACUUCUUCAACAUGACCACAAUGCGGUGCGAGACCUUUCACUACGGAGGCUGUUAUGGGAACCAUAAUCGCUUCAGUGACCGAACAUCCUGCAAGGAGUACUGCAUUCCAAGAAAAACUGUUCCCGUGCUCUGCCUGGACCCACUGGACAAAGGGAAAUGCUCAGCCUCCAUCACACGUUACUACUACAACAAGGCCACCAAAAUGUGUGAGGAGUUCACCUACUCUGGCUGCGGGGGCAGCAGCAACAACUUUGUCUCCAAGCGAAACUGCAUGGAAGUGUGUGUAAAAGGAGAGAAAAAGCACACGGGCCAAGGAAUGAUUCGCCGCUUGAGACGGAAUAAAAAUAAUUCCAUCUUUGUUGUACGCAAACGUGUCUGAAAUUUGGUCUGACAGAUGCUGUGUUGGCCAAGAGCCUCUCUAUGGAAACUAGUCAUGUGACUUUAAUGGCCUUUAACAACACACACAUACUCAUUUUGACAGUAUUUGUAAAGAGUAAAAAAGUGUUUUAAUGUAUAUAAUACUGUUCAUAUUGUUUAUUUCUACUGCAGUAAUGUUACUGGACUGUAUUUUGAUACUGUAUGUGAUGUUUUGUAUAGAUUUAAUAUGACUAUUCCUACUUGGAUAGACUACAAAGAAGGUUUUCUGCUUUUUUUGCACUUUUUUGCUGCUGCUGCCAAUACAAAACUGUGAGUUUUAUUAAAUACCGUCACUACUGGAUUUUUUCCUUUAUUGUGCCAUGUUUAUAAAAAUGUAUAAACACACAUAGAGAGCUGGUGUUCUCAAAAGGGGCUGCGCGAUGCGGUACUGCAGGGGAUGUGAAAUUUGUAUUUUUAAUAUUUUGCAUGUAUAUAAUAAAACAUAAGCAUUUCA